AUGCGUUGUUCAAUGCCUCUCUCACUCUACGGCUUUCUGUGGAGUUUGCUCCUACAGUCGCUGGUGCAUUCUCAAAUUCUCUCCAAUCUCAUUCAGGUUGAGGCACCGGGAAACUUUUCGGCAUCUUGCAGUGCCACGUUUAACCAGAGCAUUGCGUGUAGCCUCGCCCUCUCUCGAGUCGCAUCAGGAACCUUUAUCCCUACCUCGAACGAUCUCCCUAGGAUCUGCACUGACGCCUGUUUGAGCGAACUGAAGAGCUUACGGGUACAGCAGUUCUCGGUUUGCAAUAGUUCAGACGUAGCAGUUAUUAAAGGUUUGGCGUAUCCUGCGACGUAUAACACAGACCUUCUCUUGUUUACCUACAACUACGCGUGUAUGAAAGAUUUGACUUCGAAUGAAUACUGCUUUCCCGACGUCUGGGAGUGGAAUAGUGACACAACAGUUAUGACCUCUACCGAGCUAUGUUCGGACUGUAACCUGCUUAUCCAGCAGGCUCAACUAGAAUCGCCAUUCGGAUACGACGAUGAUGCGGCUAGCGAUUAUUCAUCACUGACAUCAUCGACAACGAAACUCGCUUCAACCAGAGUUACUACCACCACACCCGCCGCACCUUCGUGCAAGUCAACGGAUACCAUCAAGAAAAACGACACUUGCAGAUCCAUCAGCGAGUCUCAGAAGGUGGCGACAUUUUAUCUCAUGCAAGCCAAUAACCUCCCUGGGUACUGCUCGCAAUUCCCUCCAGCUGGAUCAGAUUUGUGCAUACCCCAAAGCUGCGAUCUUUACACCGUGGCAGAAAAUGACAGUUGCUACGGAAUUGCCCAAGCUCAUAACGGGACAUUCUCUGCCACGCAAUUGAUCUCCUGGAAUCCAAACAUUAACCGGCAAUGCUCAAACCUGAACCAGAUUGCUGGAUAUCAAAUUUAUGUCAGCUUCCCAGGGCCACCAAGUCUUGUUGCAACAGGAAGCGAGUCCAUCACAACCCCAGCAGCGGCAAUUCCUACAAACCUGUCUCUAAAUACAACCACACACUACGGCGACAGUUGUGCAAGCAUAUCCAUGGCCACGGGUAUUUCUAUAAAAGACUUCUAUUUCCUAAAUCCAAUGGUAAAUAGCACCUGCGGUAAUCUAUGGCUCGAUACAUACUACUGCGUCGAAGCCGUAGGCAACAUCGCCACGUAUUCCGACUACAAUCAAACUGCCCAUCCCUUUACUUGGCCUGCGGUUGGUCAAGCUAGAACGAAGACCAGCGCUCCCUCACCGCAAGUGACAUUGAUGGGAGACCUUCCCUUGGCACCAGGCACUCUAGAUUGCGGAAGUUACACUCAGUAUUAUAACUCUUCUCGUCUUAACGGUAAUCAGUGUGGUAUGGUUGCAUGGGUUUUUACACUCAACGUUACCGACUUUGUUGCAUGGAAUCCAUCUCUCUCGUAUAACGCCACCGAUCCAUCUGCCUGUGUUCUUUUGCCAGGUUACCGCUACUGCAUUGGGGGACCAUUACCCGCAAGUAAAGGAACAAGUAGCACUCCCCACACUAAGAUCAGUAGAUUUACUACCCAAACGAUCAGCGUGCCCUCAACUUCCCCAACUAUCACGUACUCUCCUAAUGGUUCGUGUGGUGGCAAACAGAGUGAGUAACUUUUGAUCUGCUUCGAGAUUGACUUGUUGUACUGGUCUUGCCCAAAACAGUCUGUUAUAAGGACAACUACUGACUUCAAUUGUUGAAGAAUACACUUGCGAGCCUCCAAACUGCUGUAGCGUUGACGGAUUUUGCGGCAACAUCACCGAUUUCUGCGGCUCGGGCUGUCAGCCAGCUUUUGGCGUUUGCGGUACUGGUCCUGUAGCUCCAAGCAAGGCAGCCCGAUGGCUAUAGAGCUUCUAGAUUACGCUAGACUAGCCUUCAAGUGCUGUUGGGAAUCGAUGAGUUUGUUGCACGGGCAGUUUGUGCUGCGUUUUUAGUAAGAAAACAGAAUGACUCGUGGGGAAUGUAUUUUGUGCUUAGCAAUUCUGAAAGUCCUAUUGAAAAAUGAGAAUUGAAGUGAAAAGAGUGUAUUUGUUCCUGUUAACGAGCCUGAAACGAGAUCAAUAU